GCAGCCGAGGAGAGACCGGAUCCCGGACCGGAUCCCGGACCGGAUCCCCGCCUCUCACCGGAUCACAAACCUCCAGUGAGAGCUGAGAGGAGAAGCUCUGCUGUGGAGGAACAUGGCGCACCAAACUCCCGGAUUAACUUUCCUCAGGAAGAAGUCUGGAGGCUUUUUACUCAGCACACAGAUGUUCCUGUUUUAUUAAGAAGUACAACUCUCUGCAGACGGUGGAUCAACUACAGCAGAGUUACUGUUGUUCUGGAUGUUCUGGAUGUGUUUGUCCUCUUCUGACUCUCUGCUGGGAUGAAAGUUAGUCGCUGCUGGAUUUAGAUCAGGAUGGAAAAGCCCAGACCGAGGAAAGAGAAGUUCUCUCUGUUUGGUUCUCGCUCCACCAGCAGGACCACCAACCCUCCCUCUUCCUCCUCCUCCUCUUCCUCUCCUGUGAUCCCUUCAGUGCCGCCGGUGAAACGGUUGGACCGUCCGCCCGGCCCCCCCGGCCUCCACGGAUCCCCCGGCCCCCCCGGCCUCAGCAAAGCAGAGUUCCUGGAGCGCGUGCGCCGCAGUAACCAGGCCUGCCAGCAGGGCGAGUACGCUCUGGCGGUGCGUCUCUACAGCGAGGCGCUCACCGCCGACCCUCAGAACUGCAUCCUGUACAGCAACCGCUCCGCCGCCUAUCUGAGACUGGGUCAGUACAGCACGGCGCUGGACGACGCCAUCAAGGCACGACUCAUCAACCCCAAAUGGCCCAAGGCCUACUUCCGUCAGGGGGUUGCCCUGCAGUACCUGGGUCGCCAUGCCGACGCCCUGGCAGCGUUCGCCUCCGGCCUCGCCCAGGACCCCAAGAGUCUGCAGCUGCUCGUCGGCAUGGUGGAGGCGGCCAUGAAAUCUCCCCUCAGAGACUCCCUUGAGCCGACCUACCAGCAGCUGCAGAAGAUGAAGCUGGACAAGAGCCCGUUCGUGGUCGUGUCCGUCAUCGGCCAGGAGCUGUUGACCCACAGCUUCCACGGCGCCUCCGUCGUGGUGCUGGAGGCCGGCCUGAAGAUCGGAACGUGCUCGCUGAAGCUGCGUGGAUCCGUCUUCUCGGCCCUGAGCUCGGCCUACUGGUCUUUAGGUAACGCGGAGAAGAGCAUGAACUACAUGCAGCAGGACCUGGAGGUCACCAAGACUCUAGGUGACCAGUCAGGUGAGUGCCGUGCUCACGGGAACCUCGGCUCUGCCCUCUUCUCUAAAGGCAGCUACAGAGAAGCGCUGGCCAACCACAGGAACCAGCUGGUGCUGGCCAUGAAGCUCAAGGACAGAGAGGCGGCGUCCGACGCCCUCAGCAGUCUGGGCCAUGUGUACACAGCUAUCGGUGACUACCCCAACGCGCUGGCGAGCCAUAAACAGUGUGUGCUGUUGGCGCGACAGACCCAAUGCCAGCUCUCCGAGGCUCGCCAGCUGGGCAACAUGGGCGCCGUCUACACGGCGCUGGGAGACUUCACCAACGCUGUUCAGUGCCACGAGCAGCACUUGGACAUCGCAAAGACGUUGGAGAACCGGCGUGAGGAGGCGCGGGCGUACAGCAACCUGGGCAGCGCCUACCACUCUCAGCGUGACUUCGACAAGGCCAUAUCGUACCACACACGAGUGCUGGAGCUGGCUCAGGAGCUGGGCGACAGAGCCAUCGAGAUGAGGGCGUACGCUGGUCUGGGACACGCCGCCCGGUGCAUGCAGGACCUGGAGAGAGCUCGUCUGCACCACCAGCACCAGCUGGAAAUAGCUGAGGAUCUGCAGGACAGAGCAGCUCAGGGACGAGCCUCGUCCAACCUGGGCAUCAUCCACCAGAUGAAGGGCGACUAUCAGGAAGCCCUGAAGCUCCACAAAGCCCACCUGUCCUUUGCCCAGGAGCUGAGUGACUACGCCGCCCAGGGCAGGGCCUACGGCAACAUGGGCAACGCCUACCACGCCCUCGGCAUCUACGACCAAGCCGUCCGCUACCACCGUCAAGAACUGCAGAUCUCGCUGGAGGUGAAUGAUCGUCCGUCCCAGGCCUCCACACAUGGUAACCUGGCCGUGGCCUACCAGGCGCUGGGCGCUCACGACCGAGCUCUGCAGCACUACCUUCACCACCUCACCAUCGCACGAGAGCUCCGGGACACUCAGAGCGAAGCCAGAGCGCUAGCAAACUUGGGCAACUUCCACAGCUGGAGAGGUGAAUACGCUCAGGCCUUACCGUACUACCAGCAGUACCUGGUUCUGGCUCCUGGACUGCAGGACCUGGAGGGAGAAGGGAAGGUCUGCCACAACCUCGGCUACGCUCACUACUGCCUCGGACAGUACCGAGACGCAGUCAGGUAUUAUGAGCAGGACCUGGCCUUGGCUAAGGACCUCCAAGACAAAUUAGCCCAGGCCAAAGCCUACUGUAACCUGGGUCUGGCCCACAAAGCACUGGGGGAGUACAAGAAGGCAGAGGAGUGUCAGAGAUACCUGCUCUCUCUGGCUCAAGCCUUGGAUAACACACAGGCGGUCUUCAGGGCCUUCGGGAACCUGGGGGAUGUGUGUGUGUGUCGGGGGGAUCUUCCAGCCGCUGUGAGGUUCUACCAGCAGCAGUUGAGUCUGGCUCAGAAGGUCAACGAUCAGAAGAUGGAGGCUGACGCCUACUCAGCUCUUGGAUCAGUUCACAGGCUGCUCCGCCAGUUGGAUACGGCGUUGUCCUUCCACAGCCAGGAACUGACCGUCCGGAAGGAUCUAGGUGAUCAGCAGGGGGAGUGCCGCGCCCUUGGCCACCUCGCCGCGGUGCACAUGGCCCUGGGAGACUACGCCACAACCUUCCAGUGUUACGAGGCCCAGCUGGGUCUGGCGCAGGGACUCAGGGAUGCCCGUCUGGAGGCCCAGGUCCACGGGAACAUGGGCAUCACCAAAAUGAACAUGGGCGUGUUUGAGGAAGCGAUUGGGUAUUUUGAGCAGCAGCUGGCGAUGCUGGAGCAGCUGAGCGGGACUGAGAGCAUGCUGGACCGAGGCAGGGCCUACGGGAACCUGGCAGACUGCUACGACGCUCUGGGAGACUACGAGGAGGCCAUUCAGUACUACGAGAAGUACCUGACGGUGGCUCAGAGUCUCAACCAUGUCCAGGACCAGGAGAAAGCCUACAGAGGGCUCGGCAAUGCACACAGGUCUAUGGGGAGUCUCCAGCAGGCGUUGGUGUGCUUUGAGAAGCGUCUGGUGGUCGCCCAUGAGCUGGGUGGGGAAGGAGGGGGCAAGGCUCAGGCUUACGGCGAGCUGGGCACCUUACACAGCCAGCUGGGCAACUACGAGCAGUCCCUCUCCUGCCUGGAACACCAGCUCAACAUCGCACGCACAGCGGGGGAUAAAUCCCUGGAAGCAGAGGCGAGCGAUGCUCUCGGAGGCGUUUAUCAGCUGAUGGCAGACAACGAGACGGCGCUACAGUGGCACCAGAGGGCAUUGGAUAUAGCCGAGCAGACGGGCUGCGUGAGGAGCCAGGGUCGAGCCUACGGGAACCUGGGACUGACCUACGAGGCUCUGGGGAAGUACGAGCGGGCCGUGGUCUUCCAGGAGCAGCACCUCAGCGUGGCGGCUCAGACCAACGACCUGAUAGCUAAAACUCUGGCCUACGGGAGCCUGGGGAGGACACACCACGCUCUGCAGAACUACGCACAGGCUGUGAUGUACCUGCAGGAAGGUCUUCGUCUGGCAGAGCAGUUGGGUCGGAGAGAAGAUGAAGCAAGGAUCCGUCAUCGUCUCGGUCUGUCUCUGUGGGCCGGAGGAAACCUGGAGGAGGCACAACACCAGUUGUACAGAGCGUCCGUGUUAUUUGAGAUGAUUCGUCAUGAGACGCAGCACAGUACGGACUACAAGCUCUCUCUGUUUGAUCUGCAAACCAGCUCGUACCAGGCUCUCCAGAGAGUCCUCGUCAGCCUCGGCCGGCACGACGAGGCGCUGGCCAUAGCGGAGCGAGGGCGGACGCGAGCCUUCGCCGACCUCCUGGUUGAACGGCAGAAAGGCAGUCAGCAGGCGGCGACCUCUGACCCUUACAUCCCGGUCACCGUGGAGCACAUCCUGGAGACGGUCAACGGUCAGAGGGCCGUGGUCCUCUACUACUCUCUGGCUGGAGGCUUCCUGUACAGCUGGCUGAUAGCUCCAGGGACAGGUAUUGUGAAGUUUAACGAGGUGUAUCUGGGAGAGUCCGGAGGGGAGGAGUUCCAGGAUGGUGGAGGAGGUGGAGGAGGGAGUCCACAGGGAGGAGGAGGAGGAGGAGGAGGAGGAGCAGGAGGAGGUCCUCUGUCUCUGGAGCAAUACAUCUGCAACGCUAGAGAGGCUCUAGGAGUGGACAGCCAUUACAGCAGAGGUUGCUCCAGCAGUGAGACGGAGAGUGAAGCUGGAGAUCUGUUAGAGCAACAGUUUGAGGAGCUGAACAACAAACUGACCUCGGCCACCGACCCCACGGGCUACCUCCGCAUGGUGUCCAGAAACAACCUCUUCAACAGAAGCUGUCAGAGCAUGACGAGUCUCUACAGCGCCACGGUGUCUCCAGCGAAGGACAGCUUAUCAUCUCCUCCUUACCGGCCCAGUAACAUCAGCAAACCUCCUCUACGGGCCCUUUAUGACCUGCUCAUAGCACCGAUGGAAGGGGGCCUGAUGCACAGCAGUGGACCGGUGGGCCGACACAGACAGCUGGUGUUGGUGCUGGAGGGAGAAUUGUACCUGAUCCCAUUCGCCUUGCUCAAAGGCAGCUCCUCUAACGAGUAUCUCUAUGAGAGGUUCAGCCUCAUUUCUGUUCCGUCUUUAGGCAGCCUGGGAGCCACAAGCAAGCCACAUCCUCGCCGCGGCGGUCCCUUACUUUGCUCAGAUGGCGGCUCAGUGGCGGCGGUCGUUGGGGCUCCUCGCCUGCCCCCCUCCGUGAUGGACCGCUGGCUGUGGGGCCCGUUACCUUCAGCCCAGGAUGAAGCUCUGUGGCUGGGGGAACAGAUGGGAUGUCACCCCCUGACUGGAGCCAACGCCACCAAGGAGCGCGUGCUCGCCGCUCUGAGUCAGGCAGAGUGCGUCCACUUUGCCACUCACGUAUCCUGGAAGCUCGCCGCUUUGGUGCUCGCCCCCAGCCAGGAGCACGCUGGGUUAGAGGGGGCCGGCGGGCGACCCAGGGAGAAGUCACCGUGUGGGGGGUCGACCUCGGGGGACACCGCUGGUCAGGACAGAAGGAUCAGGGGUUCGUUUGCAAAGAGCCCGGAGAGACUGCGAGGAGCGGAGGAAACGAGCGAAGACGGCGAGAGCAUGUGUGACAUGGAGAGUGUGUGUGACAGUCCGCCGCUUCAUGACUUCCUCCUCACUGCUGCUGAUAUACUGGACCUGUGUUUAACCGUCAAACUGGUGGUUCUGAGGUUGUACCCGGAGUCCAGCAGCAGGGUGACGGCCGACGGCGCGGUGGGUCUGACCCGGGCCUUCCUGGCCGCGGGGGUCCAGUGUGUGUGCAUCUCCCUGUGGCCCGUACCGAUAGCUGCCUCCAAAAUCUUCACACACACCUUCUACACCGCCUUGCUCAACGGGACCAAAGCCAGCGCCGCUCUGACGGAGGCCAUGAAGAGUCUGCAGAGCAGCAAACACUUCUCACACCCGUCCAACUGGGCCGGCUACAUGCUGGUUGGCUGUGAUGUGAAGCUGAACAGCCCCAUGUCGCUGGUCGGCCAGGCCCUGGCAGAGAUCCUCCAGUACCCAGAGAGGGCCAGAGACGCCCUCCGAGUGCUGCUCCACCUGGUUGAGAAGUCUUUGCAGCGUAUUCAGAGCGGCCAGUGUAACCCGAUGUACACGUCACAACAGAGCGUAGAGAAUAAGGUCUGCGGGGUGCCCGGGUGGCAGGCCCUCCUGUCUGCGGUGGGUUUCCGGUUGGACUUCUCCGGUAGCGGCGCCGGUCUCCCUGCGGCGGUGUUCUUCCCCACAUCGGACCCCGGGGAUCGGCUGCAACAGUGCAGCACCACCCUCCAGGCGCUGCUCGGUCUCACUCCUCCAGCUCUGCAGGCUCUCUGUAAACUGGUCACAGUAUCUGAGGCCGGAGAGCAGCUCAUUCAUAAGGCGGUUAAAAGCAUGGUGGGAAUGCUUCACCAGGUGCUGGUUCAGCUGCAGUCCGGAGAUAAAGAACAAGACUUCUCACUGGCUCCCAUUCAGGUGUCGAUAAGCGUGCAGCUCUGGAGGCUUCCAGGCUGCCACGAGUUCCUGGCUGCGCUCGGUUAUGACCUCUGUGAGGUGGGUCAGGAGGAGGUCCUGCUGAAGACCGGAAAGCAGGCCAGCCGGCGCAUCAUGCACUUUGCCCUCCAGUCUCUUCUGGCACUCUUUGACUCCACAGAGCUUCCCAAGCGGCUGAGCAUGGACAGUUCUUCGUCCCUGGAGUCUCUGUCUUCGUCCCAGUCGGCGUCCCAGCCUCACUCCUUAUCCCUCUCCUUCAGCUGCUACCCCUCUCAGCCCUCCUUCUUACCGCCAGUCUGCCCCGACAACCUCUCCUGCGACGCCAUCUCCGUCUACAGCCUCAGCUCCCUCGCCUCCUCCCUCAGCUUCCUGUCCCGACCCGAGCCCGCGGGAAGUGACAUCAUCAGCCAACGCUCACAUCAGCAGGAGCCGGAUAGAUCUCGCGGCGGAGGGGGAAUCUACGCCUCGCACCGCCACUCGGCCGGCAUGUCGAGAGGUCGCCUGACCAAUCAGGGAGGAGGACAGUCAGGAGAAGGUGAGGAAGAGGAGUAUGAGGGGUACUCCAUCAUCAGCAGUGAGCCGUUGGGGCGAGGGAGGAGGGAGUGUGACACGCUGCCUCUACCUGCCGGACACCGACAGGGCAGAGGAGGUGCUGGGAGAGGCUCUGCCGGGGCUCAUGGGUACCCUACUACAACUUCCUCCAAGGGAAGCAUCAGCACGCCGACAUCUCCCAUUAAAGCUCCACCGCUGCCACUGAAAGUUUCCUCCAGCCCCAAGAACAAGCAGGAAAUCUCACCUCCUCAGAGGACGGGGAAAGGGAAGGUCAGCAGCUCUGAAUCAGACCAGUCCAGUACUGAGACAGACAGCACGGUGAAGUCCCAGGAGGAAAGGACGGGGCCGGCGGGACAGCUGGAUCCUCAGGAACUGGCCCAGAAGAUCCUGGAGGAGACCCAGAGCCACAUGCAAGCUGUGGAGAGCCUGCAGAAGGCCAACAUUAGAGGGAAGACACCGAGGGGGCCUGAGGGGAGAGAGGAGGCUCACGCCAGGCAGCCCUCGCUGUCGACUCCCACAACCCCGACUUUGACUCCAACUGGAGGAGCUCGAGGGUUCCAGCCCUCUGAGACCAGUGCGUUCAGCAGACCUCCCAGUAGAGCCAGUCUAAAGGCCUGCUCCUCUCCUCUCUCCCUCUCUAGUCCUCUUUCACCUCGCUCCACUUCUGUUUCAACACCUCCCUCGACCCGACCUAAACCUCCGUCCCGCUCCUCGUCGCUGCAGAAAAUCAGCUCCGGCUACAACAGCCCAGCUCCUUCCUCUCCGUCUUUAUCUCUCUCUGUGAAAGAACAACCUUUCCCCGCCACUUCUCCAGAUGUGCAGACUCAGCUCAAACUGAAAUACCCUACCUCACCUUACACCGCCCACAUCUCACCUUCCCACUCUCCUGCUGGCAGCGCCCCAUCGCCGGCGCUUUCCUACUCCUCCACAGGAUCCGUCUCAGCCUCCUCCAGCCCCGCUAACACCCCCGAACUCAACCAGUCCAGACGGGAUCAUAAAGUCCAGGCCAUUCAUAACUUAAAAACCUUCUGGGCCAACGCUGGCCAGAAACACGAGGUGCCCUGCCCCGCCAGUCUACUCCGAGGAGGGAAUAAAAAAAUGAGUACAGUUCAGAAGGAUGUUUUGGGUUUGCUUAAUCUCUCACCUAGACAUGAGUCUGGCAGUAAAACUGCAGACGGAUCGGAGGAUCACAACACUGGCGGCAGACCGAAUGGUCACCAAAAACUGGCGGGUAAACCUCCUCCACCUCCACCUCCAUCCUCUAAAGGAGGCAUCAAACUUCCCUCUGGGAACGGAUACAAGUUUCUCUCACCUGGACAUUUCUUUCCAUCCUCUAAAUGUUGAGAGCUGGGAUGUUGGGCCAAACUCCUGUUACAUUCUUGGUGUUUUUACUAUGACAGAAGCUGUCCGUUUGUCAGCUAAAUACUACCACAUUUUUAGCAAUACCUGCUGAAGACUAUGAUAAAAAAAAGUACUGUUUCAUACUGACUGAUUUUACACAUCACUACUUUUUUGUGUGAAGGGAUGUUAAUGUUUUGAAUGUGAUGACUGUGCCUUCUUCUGGACAGAGCUGGAAGGACAAAAUGACUCUUAGAGAAGUGUUAAGUCUGGCUUUAGCUGUGUUUUCAUGACUGACCAGAGAGCAUGUGUCUCGAUGCCUCCAUGUACUGUUGACUGAACGCCUGAGAACAUUUUCUGUCAACCUAAAUGCUCGCUAUAUUUGUGUAAGUUGAUCUUGAUUUAUUGUGUAAUAAUUAUUAUUGUUAAAUGUCAUUAUCAAUGCUUCUUGUUGUCAUUUAUUUUGUAAAGUAAACUGUGUUUUCCAGUCAUUAUUAUACAUUUUAUAAAGACAAUUAAAGGAAGACGUAAGGAAAAGAUUUUGAUAUUUUUUAUGGAGAUUUGAUUUGAUGUGUGAUUGUCAGCAUGGUACCUCUUGCUGUUCGGUGUGUUAAGUGACUUUAUAAUGUACAAUUUUACAGCGGUGCCAGACUCCUAUUUAGAAAUAUCUCAAUUCUCAAGAAGUGGACGAAUAAAAAUGUUCCUUUCCUUG